AAAAGAUCCCCCGCCAACAGCCACGUCAAGUAGAAAAUUUCCGUCACAGCCCUUUCACGCGCAUGCCACAUUUGGGGAGUACAGACACACCGCAACAUAAUUUUCCCUGUCCAGCAGCCUCACCAUGGAAAUCCUCCACGAGCCUCCCAAAGCUUCGACCUUUGUGCCUCUGAUCGAGCAUCAGUCUGCGACUCCUGCCUCUUUCUACACCGGCCCGCCAGUCCUGCAUUACUACAGCGACCGCAGCAAACUAAUCGUCCUGGAACAUGAAGCCCGCUCUGUACCAGCAUUUGCGCCUCUGCUAGAACAUCCAAGCUCUCAAGCGCAACCUGAGCAGCCUCACGCUAACGGCACCGAGGCCAAUGGAGACUCCGAAGCGAGAGGGAAGCAAAAAGUCGUCGAGAAUGUGGAUGUAUGGGUGACUUCAGACAAACUCUUCCUUUACUCCAGCGAUGCGAACGCAGGCCUCUCGAUCCCUUACCCCUCCAUCUCCCUUCAUGCGAUCCAAUCUCUCCCGCAGCCCUCGCCCGGCGAACAACAAGGUCUAUACAUGCAGGUGGUUUCAUUUCCCUCGCCAGAGAGUGCCGCGCAGGACGACGACGCAGAACCCGACUCCAUAUCCGUCACGGUGAUCCCAACCGCCUCUGCUCCGCCGCAAGUCGCCUCGACCGCCUCCGGGACCGCCGAAGACGGUUUCGAGGGAGAAGACAAGCCUGAGCAGACGCCCGUGGUGGCCAUGUUCAACGCCCUUUCCACCUGCUCCAAUCUGCAUCCUGACCCCGUCGAAGACGAAGAAGGCGAAGAAGACGGGGGUGGAAGCCGCUUGUUUCGCGCGGGGCUGGCUUUCCCAGGCAAUGCGGAUGGUGGUCUUCCGCCUGCGAUGCCGGGCAGUGGAGGGUGGAUCACGGCGGAGAACAUGCACGAAUACUUCGACGAGGAGGGGAAUUUUAUUGGCGGAGACGACCAGGACGAGCAAGGAGAGGACGUCGGUGGCGAAGCACAAGCUGCGAGCGACGAGCCUUUGGGCCCCGGUGCUGGCAUUGUGCGGCCAAGGCAAGAUACAGAGCAAGGAAACGGAGAUGCAACCGGCGCAGGAGACUCAGGCGAGACGAAGUGGCGGAGAACAUCCUAAUGUGUUCCAUGCUGGUGCCCUCCCGGUUCAUUCAGGACGAUGGAGGAGAAAGAAGGCAGCGUAUGGACAGGAAACAUUGUAAGAAUAGGAGCAAGCCCCCCCCC